UUUUGAAGAAAACUUGUCACUGCUAAAACUAUAGAACAAAAUGUCAGAUAAAAAUGGAGAAGGUAAUUGGGGAUGAUCUGAAAACCCCUAAACAGUAGGGUGUUUGUAAAAUCCCCGAGCAGGCGUCAUAUUCCUUCUCUUCUUCUUCUUCAUCUUGAGAUGGAUAAUUCUACCCAGAAAUCCAGCGAACUUGCUGUUGAGGACGCAGCUCCCGCAUCCACCAAAUCUGCAAAGGAAGUGAGUAAGAGAGAAGGACACAAGAGUGAUGAGGCUAAGACGACCCUGAAGAAGGAGAAGAAGAUCAACAACAGGGAAGAUGAUGCAGCUUCUUCACAAUCUGAUGGAGACCACAAGGAGUCUCCUGUCAAAUCUGUGGUGCCUUCAAACAAACAGCCAGUAUCUGCUUCUAAAAAUGGUACUGCGGUGUCCAGCAGUUCUGAUUCUGAGGAAGACCAAGACCCCAAAAGCAAGGUAGCUGUUCCUACAAAAAAGGUGCUUGUAGCAGCUCCCAAAAAUAAAGUCGAAUCCAGUGAUGAUUCCAAGUCAGAUGACAGCAGCAGCUCAGAUGAUGACAAGAAAAUAAUACCACCCACCCUAGGGAAGAAGCCUGCAGCUGUCCCUGAAAAGGCGGUAGACCCCAGUGAUUCCAGCUCUGAUAGCUCGUCAGAUGAGGAAAAUGGUCAGAAGAAUAAUGUCAAAAUGGCUGCGUCCCAACCCAGGAAAUUGCCGUCAACUACAGUUAAAAAUGUUUCUGUUGCGAUUGUCAAGAAGAAAGAUGAAUCAAAUGGCAGUUCAGAAGAAUUAUUAGAGGAUGAAGAUGCCCUGGCGACUAAACUUGUCCCUUCAAAAAGGUCAUCUUCAGCAACUGAAACAAAGGAAUCUAAACAGGAGGAGGCAUGCCUUAAAGAAGCAGACAGUGAUAGCAGUUCAGAAGAGGAGCCUCAAAGGAAAAAGAUGAAGGCCCAGCCCACUGUUACACCAAAUGCUGGAAAACAAAGUGCAAAAAAAGCUACACAAAAUGGGAGCAGCAGUGAUGAGGGAAGUCAUGAUGAUGAGCCUACAAAGGCACAAUCACUAAGGCGAAGCUCUCCUACACGAGUUGCAAAGAAAAGAAGUGAAUCUGAGGACGAAUGUUCAGAGGACAACAGUUCUAGCGAAGAAGACACUUCCGAGGAAGAACACGAAAAACCUUCCAAGUCUCCAAACUCCAAGUCUCCAAAUAAAAAUGACAGCGAUGUAGACAUGGUAAAUGCGGUAUCACUGAAGACAGAGAGCAGGCAAGCUGAUGCUGAAUUUGGAAAAAAAGUUCCCCAAACACCAGUUACUCAAGUUCAAACUGAAGGAUCAAAAACCCUGUUUGUUGCCAACCUAUCUUUCUCUGUUGAACAAACUGAUGUGGAGGACUUCUUUAAAGAUGCUGGAGAAAUUGUACAAAUUCGCUUUGCAUUAGAUUAUGAAGGAGCAUUUAAGGGCUAUGGCCAUGUUGAAUUUGCCACAGUAGCAGCUGCGCAGAAGGCUCUCAAGUUGGACGGCCAAGAUUUGUUGGGUCGUCGUGUGAGACUUGAUUUGGCGAAGGAGAGGGGCUCUUACACAUCAAAUAGCGGAAUGGAAAGAAAUUCGUACCAAAAGAGUGGGAGAGCCCCAGGACAAACUAUAUUUAUUCGAGGCUUUGAUAAAAGCAGCGGGGAGGACCAGGUCAGGAGUGCGCUGGAAGAGCAUUUUGCUUCUUGUGGAGGGAUUUCAAGGGUAACCAUUCCAAAAAACUAUGUUGGUGAUGAACUCAAAGGGAUUGCUUACAUUGAUUUCAAGGACAGUGACAGUUUCAACAAAGCUCUGGAACUCAAUGGAUCUGAACUUGGAGGAUAUACUCUGAUGGUGGAAGAGGCAAAGCGGAGAGUUGAUAAUCGUGACUAUACUGGCAGUGGCAGAGGUGGUGAAAGAAGUAGUGGUAGAUAUGGUGCUGGUCGGUUUGGAGAAAGUGGCGGCCGGUUUGGAGGUUGGUGGUAGAGAAGGAUGUGGAGUGCGCAGCAAACCAAGCAUAAGUACUGCUGGUGGUAUUGGGAAAGAAGCUACAUUUGCUGAUUAGGAUUGUUAUGAAGGGAUUUUGAAGUGAUGCUUGGGAUUUGGUAUCUAUUUGUUUGUGUCUCUCAUUCUAGUUAGUUAGUGUGUGUGUGUGUGUAUAUAUAUAUGUAUGUAUGUAUGUAUGUUUUGGAUAAGAUUGUAGUUGUAUUGUUUGACUUGACACUGGAAUUGUUUUUGGUUCCUGCUUAGUUUUUGCGCUCGAUAUCUAUCUAUACUGUCCUGUUAUAUU